GGAGAAGCGAUUGGAUGAAGCGAAAUGAAGAGAAGAAGGAUAAUGGGAAAAGUAUCUGUGUUUGUGGUGUGUGUGGCUUGUGUUGUGGCAUUGGUUUCAGGUCAGAGUGCAAGCAAUGUGAGAUCUACGUAUCAUUUGUACCAACCUGAGCAGCAUAACUGGGACUUACGCGCAGUGAGUGCGUAUUGCUCCACUUGGGAUGCUGACAAAUCCUUCGCAUGGCGCAGCAAAUAUCCUUGGACAGCUUUUUGUGAACCCUCUGGCCCUCAGGGACAACAAGCUUGUGGCAAGUGUUUGAGAGUGACAAACACGAGAACAAACGCUCAAAUAACGGUGAGAAUCGUUGACAAGUGCGCCAACGGGGGCUUGGACUUGGAUAUUAGUCCAUUCCAGAAGAUAGACACAGAUGGGAAUGGCUAUGCGCAAGGUCAUCUUAUUGUUAACUACAACUUUGUGGACUGUGGUGACUAAGCACUUCCUAUAAUUAAUUACCUUAUGUAUGAGGUGACACUAUUCAAUAAAGAAGCAUGUAAGAGUGGGUUAUUUCUUAUAACAAUAAUAAAAUAAAUAAAGGGAUGCUAUUAUGGAUU